AUGAAUCGCCGCCUCUUGAGCCACCUCUCUCAACUCUCCGCCCAAGAAAACUCCCAUUUACUCCAUUGGCAUUACUCCGAGUUCGACGAUCACAACUUCCAAAUCCAUGGACAAACCUUAUUUUACCUCUUUAUACUCUUCUCUAUUAUACUUUUAGUAGCUUUUCUCUUACUCUACGCGCGUUGGUAUUUCCGUUUCCGACAUAUUCAUCACGCGCACUACCCUCACGCGCCUCACGCGCCGUCGUCUUGUACCAUUGUUUGUCGUGGAUUAGAUCCAAUCGCCAUUAAAGCUAUUCCGAUUAGUCUUCAUCAAACGUCUUCUCCCGGAAGAGACGAUGAAAUUGAAUGUUGUAUUUGUUUAGGUGUUUUUGAAGAUGGUGAUAAGGUUAAAGUUUUGCCUAAAUGUGACCACCGAUUUCACUCGGAUUGUGUGGAUCGGUGGCUCAGUACUCAGUCGAGUUGCCCUCUUUGUAGAUUGACUUUCCGAGUUGAAUCACCUACUGACUCGGUACUACUAGAACAAGUUUAG